ACGAAAGCCUUUGAUCGGCAAGCUGAGCAAGGUUUACAAUCCUUGAAGCUAUAAUCAGCUCAUCACUACAAUUCCGGAACCACCGUGCCUAUUAAUACAUUCACAUCCGAAGCAAUUCCCGGAUCUUGGCUCGAAACCUCACCUCUCGCCGUUUCCGUCCGAAUUUGCGACACAAUGAACACCGAAUUCCAAUCGUCUCUCUCCAACCUCGAGAACAAGCUCAAUGCUCUCAUCAUCAGCCUUACAACGUCGCCGACCGCUUCAGGCGCGCCCGCAGCAGCAGUCGGCCUCCUCAGCGCAGACGACUUAUUAACAUCCGCCGUCGAAACUCUGCGACAACACCAGCAGAACUACGCCAAGAUCCUGCGACUUCGCGAAGAGGCCCAACUCCUAGAGGAGAAGGUCAAGAGCAUCGUGCGAGAGGUAGUCGCCUGCGAGAAGGAGAUCCGAACCACAUGCGGCGAUGACGAGACGGACAGCGACGAGGACUUCGACGACGAAAGCUCCGACUACGACUCUGACGAAGACAUGGAGGGCGGGAAACCUGCGACUCGCGGACUGCGCAAGAUAAAGGAAGUCGACUACAAGCUCCUGCUGGAUUUCGCGCGCCGGAUCAGCAAGUACAAUCACCAAGCGGCGGCAGAUGCGGCGUCGAACGCGGAAGCGAAGUCUCGAGAGAAGAUACAGCAGGCUAGGGGUCAGGAUACGGAGAUGACGGGGACGAAUGGAAAUACGGACACGGAGACAGCGGAGCCGGUCGCGUCCGUCACGAAAGAGGCGACCAAUUGGCUGGAUGAGUCGGCGAAUAUGACCCGUCAGGCGUACAUGCUUCCGUAUCCGAUGGAAGAUCGCAUUCGGAUGGGGCUUAUGGGACAGAUACAGCUUGCGGGUGGUGAGGGUCGGCCGGGCUUCGACCCGGAGAAGGAGGUCGAGCGGCUGAUACGGGAGGCGGAGGGUCUGGGGGUUGCGGAUGCGGUGCCGCCCGUGGUUGUUGGAGAGGAAACGCGCCAUGCGGAUGAGGCUGCGAAGGCUGCGGCUCAUGCUGGAUCUGCGGCGGCGGGCAGGGCUACAAUGGGGGCUGCACCGGCGCCGAGGCCUAAGGCGACGCUCGAUCUGGAUCUGUAUGAUCCGGAUGAGGACGAUGAUUGAUGCCAACGAGAUUUAUUACGUGUCUGAGAGUUCUGAUAUACGAUGGGCUGGGAAUGGAUUGACAGCGGGACUGUCAUCCAUCUCUUAGUCUUACCGGAACAUAAUGCCAUGCUGUGCAGAGGACUGGGACGAUUUCCUGAACCGUGUCUGUAAAUGUAAGAGGUGGACCUCCCACAGCAGCAUGUCUAAGAAGGCAGUCAUUCUUCGGGAGAUAGCCUUUCUCUAUCCAGCAUGCAGUGAACUCGCCGAGUCCACUUCACCAAGGGCAGAUAUACUGGUGAAAAACUGGACUUGGACCUCUGGUACCCGAUCCGUGGAAUAUAUGAAUGAGUACGGGGCUGGCGAUAUGUGCAAAAGUUCAAAAGUUUGUAGCCUUGAAGUCCACCAUAGCAACGUUUCGCG